AUGAAUCUCCUUAAUAUAUUAUCGUUUAAAGCUACUUGUUUACUAAUUGCUUUUGAAUAUGCAAUGCCAUCAUAUUUAAAACCGAAAAAAACAUCAUCUGUAACAACUGCGCGAAAUCAAUUUGCAUGUGAAUUAAUUCAGCACGAACUUCAAGAAACAUAUUCAUUCGACCAGAUACUUUAUUGUAGAAAUAUUAUUAAUGCUAAUACAACAAGUAAAAUGGAAAUGGGAAUUAAUAUUGACUUGCAAGAUACAAUUAAUCGUUUUAAAAUCAAUCACCCCCAUCAUCCAUAUAUACAAGAUUUAAAUAUAAUUUCAUUAGUACCAUUUCGUACAACGUGUAACAAUAUAUUAGGUGAUAUUGAAUGUGGUAAUCAAUUAAAAAUCGAAUUUCAUAUGACAGGUUUUAUUCUUUAUCCAACAUCAAUUCAACCGUGUACAUUAUAUAGUGGUGAAUGUGGUAGUUGUAAUAGAAGUUAUCGUAUAUCGUCAAUCUAUUGUUACAAUGAGAAAAAAAUUAUUAUUACUCCAGAAUCACUUGAACAAAAUAAUUAUUUUCAUUUAUCAUCUGGUAAAUUAGUAUUUUCACGUGAAAUCCUUGUAUCUUUUUCUUCGGAUCUUGUUAAUGGUCAUGUUAGUUGUAAUGGUGCCGGUACAUCUUUAUUAUCAAAAGUUGCACGUCUUCAUCCUGAAUUUAAUAAAAAAUUUGAUUCGGUACAAAUGAUUCGUUCUUUGGAAGCUCAUUGGAUUUACUUCGAGCUUUUUAAUUUUAUCUUUAUGACAAGUUCAGAAAAAGAAAUUGUUGCUCCACGUGCACUUUUUGCUGGUAAGAUUUUAAAAAACUUGAAACCUUUCAGGAAGAAAAUAAAAUUUUCUAAUUGUCAAUUACAGGAAAAUGUCAAAUAUAAAGUUUAUUCUAAGCAAAUACUUAUUAUAUUUAAAUACUAUUUUUUUUUCUUAGGUCGAAAUAUUCAAGCUGGUGGUAUAAUAAAUGUCAAAGCACAAUUUCUUGAAGAACGUUUAGAUUGGAUGUACAACCUAUUCAGUAUCUUUUGGUCACAUCACAAUCUCAUUCCUGAAUGUGUUUGUGAUAAAUCAAUUUGUUCACGAGUAUUAGUUCUCGAUGGCCAUCAAAAGCCCCGUCGCACAGUAUGUCGUUUUGAUAAUGUAACAUCACUUGUGAACCAAGAAGAAUUAGGGCCCUGCAAUCGUGGUUGCCCUUAUCAGCCCAAGCGGCGUACACCUGAUAAAAAAAACAAGAAUAAACUCUCUCCAUUUUAUUGCUAUUUUCAUCAAAAUUUAGAAGAAACAAUGUCUUUAUCGACAAAGGAACACAAUCAACGUGAACAAGCAUGGUAUAAUGAAUUAAAAUCUAUUCAAAAACAAAAUAUUUUGAACAAUAAUACAACACAUGAAUCAUGUAACGUAGUUAGAUCAGAAGAAGUUGGUAAAGAUGAAGAAAAACGUCGAAGUAUGGGUUUUCUCGCUUCAUUUUUAUCAUGUGGAAUCAUCAUAGGGUUUACGGAAUCAAUCAACCAUGAAGGGGUCCGCAUGGUUACUGAUCAUCUUUUAACCAUGAUCAAAAUGGGUACAAAGUUACCUAAUGCUAUGAUUUAUGAUGCUGCAUGUAAUUUAAAAUUAUUCUGGAAUAAACAAUACCGUGGAAUCCACUUGAAAGAAACUCCCUCAAGCACAAUUUUGUUCAAUAUACGGGUAGCCGUGGACAGAUUUCAUCAUAAGAAUCAUGUACAUAGCAUAUGCAAGACAAUUACUAAUCCUGAUUGCGCAUUAACUGGAAAUGAUGAAAUUUAUGGUGGUAUCAAUACAAGCAUUGCCGAGCAAUCUUUCAGAUAUUUAAGUGAAUUUAAAUUGUCAUUACGUCGAUUGGCAUAUCCAACAUCAACAGUUUUCAGUAUUUUAUUACUUCAUUUAUGGAAUUGUCGUCGUAUUCAAAUUUCACCAGAUUCUUUCGGUUUAGGUGUCAAAUAUAUGUCUGAUAAAAUUAAACCAUUAUUUCUUACAUAUUGUAUAUUCGAAACUGCACAAUUAUAUAAAAAAAAAACUGAAAUAGAAUCAUUCAAUUUAACCUAUGUACAAGAUGAUGAUGUUGAUGAUGAUGAUGAUGGAAAGAUUAAUAUAGAUACAAGUGAUAAUAAUGUUGAACAAUUAAAUUAUGAUUGUUAUGUUAACAUGGAGCAAUAUACUUGGGAUUCGGAUGAAUCAGGUGAUGAUCAUAAAGAUUAG